AUGAACAUCCUUCCGAAGAAAAGCUGGCACGUUCGCAAUAAGGACAACGUCGCGCGUGUACGGAGGGACGAAGCCCAAGCAGCAGAGGAGGAGCGCGAGGCCAAGCGUCGCGUGGAACGUGCCGAACAAGAGGUGAGCCAGAUGAAGCCGUGGUGUACCUUCAUAGUAUAGAGUUUUGCUGUCAAGUGUGUUAUACUUCACAGUGCAAAAAUACAUUCACUUCAAUCUUGUACUGACAACAUUAUCAAACGCUCUAUUUUUUUCUUUUCCCCUCCAUAACCACUUUUUUAUUUAAAGGGAUAUUCUGACGUUAAAUUAAUGUAGGGUCAAACACACCGAGUUAGACACCCCGUCGAGAGAUGAAUGUGGCCGACCGCUUGCCUAACUUCAUCAGCAGUAUAGGGUCCCAGCCACAGCACUAGCCACCACACAUCUUUUUAACUUUGCAUAAUUUCUUUAGGAAAGAGACUAAACACAACUCACCCACUGUCCUCCAGCAGCCGCUUGUCUGUAGAGACCUGGGGCCAGUCCAUUACGGACUGCUGCGGGGUGACGCAGCUCAAGGAAGAACAUUUAUGAUAAUUUCUCGAGGGGGUGUCUAACUCGGUGUCAUGGUGUGUUUGACCCUAAAUCAAAUUUACGCCAGAAUAUCCCUUUAAGCUUAGUCAAAAAGGAGCAAGCUAUCAUUGGUUGUCCACUCAAAUUUUUGUACCUUUGGAAAACAAGUUGUUAUCAAUACUUCUUUCCAAAAGUCCAAUGCUCAUUUAAUACUUGCUUGGUUUUAUUUAUUUAGACUGACAACUUAUUUUUUUUCCCACAGGCACGUACAGAGUAUCUGAGAAGAAAGUCCCGAGCUGCUCUCCAGUCAGAAGGAGGUCAGUAUGAUGAGGAUGAAGGACAAAGUAGAGGAAGUGGGACCUUGGAGCAUCUCAAUCUUUUCCCCUUGGAGGAGUCUUCAGAAAAGAAGGGGAAUGAAGAAUAUCUUAAAGAAAAGAAAGAUGAAAAGGUGAUUAUGCCCGCUCCUCUCUGAUGUAUGUUUUCCUAGAUUCUGGUUUGAUUAUAUUUCUGGCUUCACAGUCAACCAAUAAGAGUAGAACUUCUUCUCUGUUAUAACCCUUUGUCUGUUUUGUCACUCCCACGAUGAUUGCAAUGUCAUUCAGUUUGCAUGCUUGGCAGAUACUCAUCAAAAAUCCUCACUGGUUUUGACUGUACAUAUUUGACUGCCUUACAGCAACUGAGUCUUAUCGGAUUGGCCAUCCUUCUGUAUAGAAAUGUGUUGACUUUUUAUUUGCCCUGCAAAUUUUUUUGCAAUUUAGUGCUUCUACAAGACAUAAUGUCAAAAUAUGAAAAAGUGCUACAUAUAUAUCUUGGAAAAACUUAACUUCAGAAAAUCUUAAAUUGUUACUUAUAGUAGCCAGAUGGCAAGUAAAUAAUCCAGCUUCCUCUUCCUCCAUCUCCAAAGUUUCAAGCAUUUUCUAAAACUUUCACACUUUUUUCCCAGGAAAAACAGGAGCGAGCAAUCGGUUUGCUGGUAUCUCUUGGACCCCAACCAGGGACUGAGGUCACACCUUGGUACAUGAAAACAGGAAAAGAAAAAGAAAAAGAAGAGAGAAAAGAUCAAGAAGAAAAGAAAGAAAAAGAAAAAAGAAAGGGAGUAAGUGAAGAGGAGAGAGAAAAGAAAGAUCGGAGGUUGAAAGAUAGUUUGGAUCCACUGAAUGACAUGAAGAAAGCACUGGCUGUUAAGGAGAGAAAACACCACAAGAGCAAGAAAUCAGAAAAAAGAGACCGGGGGGAGAAGAGGAGCAGUGGAGAGAGGUAAAGUCAGAUUUUCUUGUUCUGCAUUAUAAAAUUGUCAGUUUAGGGAGAAGCUUUUAUUUGUAUUGAACAUCCAACUCUGAUUAAACUGACAAUAUUCAGAGUGUGGUGACAGCCCACUCCAGACAAAACCAAGCAAGCUGCUUUGUCAUGCUUCCAAACUCCAUGCGAAGCUUACAAGCCUCUGGCUGUGGUCUCAAAUUUACAGUCCAGGUGUAAGAGUUGUAUUAAUCUUACAAUCUGACCCAUGGCCAGAAACUGAACAAGUCUAAUCCCUAAAACAUUGACCUUGACAUUUUGUAUCACAAGCAACAGCAGAAAGCAUUGUUGUUCAUCAUUUGAUCAAUUUUUUAAAAAUUCUGGUAUUAAAAGAUUUAUAUAAAUAAUCUGAUUCUUCUGUUUUUGUCCAGCUCCAUAGAAAGGCUACGUGCUGAGCGUUUACAGAGGGAGGCAGAAGAAAGGAGAAGAGCACAGUCCCUGCUCGACCAGAGGAAUGGCAAAGGAAAAGAGCAAACAAAGGAGGUCAUGGAAAGAGAGAGACCUUACAACAGUGCAUACUUCCCAGAGCUGGCUCGAAAGCGUCAAAGAAGGGAUCGAGACAGCUGGAGAGAUGAAAUACUUAAAUCAUGA